ACGGUCGAGUCUUGUAAACGAUUUACAGGUUGAUCAGUCUUGUGGCAGGACUCGAAAGUCGUGUUGAGACCAAAGUCUUUAAAUAAAUAAAAACAAUAGUACAGCUUUGUUAAUCGGGUGUUCACAUGCACGAGAACCUGACAGUGCCUAUGAGCGCUCACGUGUGUAAACUUAUCACCGACUCAAAACUCGGUUUCAAAAAUAAAAAUAUUAAUUAUUAAUUAUACGUGUUUUAAAAAUAAAGUCUUCAUGUUGUGGUUAUUGGUGACGAAUGAAAGCCUUUUUAUAAUUCUGCUCGUAAAUCAGCAAUAAUAAUUUUUUUUUAAAUAAUUAUUUGGAAUAAUAUUACGAGCAAAAUAUUUUUGAAAGUGAAAUUACAAUAGUAGUUGGACUUUGAAAAGAGGGAACACCAGGAGGUGGUUACACCAACCCAUCAGUUGAGACAAUACUCAAUUCCGAGUCAAACAUGGACAAUAAUGUGGUAGCGCCGAGCACGGUGCUCUCGACACCUGGGCUAAAUAAUGUCGCGUGGAAUCGACAGCAAGCUGUCAGCGUUCGACAUGCAUUCAAAACUUAUGGGAGCAGCAAAAAUCCAAAUCCCGUUUUGCAGAACUUAAAUAUGACUGUUGCCAAAGGCUCAAUAUACGGCCUUCUGGGUGCGAGUGGUUGUGGUAAAACAACUUUGCUGUCAUGUAUUGUCGGAAGAAGACGACUAAAUUCUGGAGAAAUAUUUGUACUAGGUGGGAAACCCGGUACGAAGGGCUCUGGAGUUCCUGGUAAACAAGUUGGAUACAUGCCACAAGAAAUCGCUUUGUAUGGAGAAUUUACCAUACGCGAAACUAUGAUGUACUUUGGGUGGAUAUUUGGUAUGGACACCAGUGAAAUUGUCGAGAGAUUGAGGUUUUUAUUGCAGUUUUUGGAUCUGCCUUCGCAAAACCGCCUCGUAAAAAAUUUGAGUGGUGGCCAGCAGAGACGAGUCUCCUUCGCCGUGGCACUUAUGCAUGAUCCUGAACUUUUGAUCCUCGAUGAACCGACUGUCGGUGUAGAUCCUCUAUUAAGACAAAGUAUUUGGAAUCACUUGGUGCAAAUAACUAAAGACGGAAACAAAACAGUCAUCAUUACGACGCAUUAUAUUGAGGAAGCAAGACAAGCUCACACGAUCGGAUUAAUGCGAAGCGGCAGAUUGCUGGCUGAAGAAUCUCCAAGAGCUUUGUUGACAAUGUAUAAUUGUGCAUCUUUGGAAGAUGUUUUUCUCAAAUUAUCACGUAAACAAGGACAAACAACUCAACCUACUACUGAAUUAAAUAUCUCAAACAACAUUAGCAUGGCUUCCUUAAACUGGGGUAAAAAAGACGAACCAGUUUAUGUCACUGAAGAGUCUGGAGUUGUAGGAUUGAAUUUUCAUCAAAGCAAAGAAGUUCUUAUUCAUGACACGACUAAUGGAGUCGGCAGUCAUUAUGAUUUAAAUGGAAAACCAAUGGCUGGUGUUAAAACAAACUCGACGGGUAUGUGUUCAGAUUGCAGUCUAUCAAAUUUUUUAAAUAUGACAAGUAGAGGAAAAAUGAGAGCGUUGUUGCAAAAAAAUUUUCUUCGAAUGUGGAGAAAUGUCGGAGUGAUGCUGUUCAUCUUCGCAUUACCGGUGAUGCAGGUAAUUCUAUUUUGUCUUGCCAUCGGGCGAGAUCCAACUGAUCUCAAACUAGCAAUAGUAAAUUCCGAGAUGAAUUGGGACAAUAAAUCGUGCAACAUAAAAGCUGGCUGUCUCGCUGGUAGUCUGAGUUGUCGAUAUUUAGAAUUUCUCACAAACGAUACGAUUAUAAAGGAAUAUUAUCAGUAUCCGGAGCAGGCAAUAAAUGCAGUAAAACAAGGGAGAGCUUGGGGUACUUUGUAUUUUACAGAGAACUUUACGGAUUCGCUUAUAGCACGACUGAACCUUGGGCAAGCUGCUGAUGAUGAAACAUUAGAUCAAAGUGAAAUCCGCGUUUGGCUUGAUAUGUCGAAUCAACAAAUUGGGUUAAUGUUGGCAAGAAACUUGCAAUAUUCAUACCGAGAUUUUGCUAAAUCGAUGCUCGCUGAAUGUGGCUUUAACACAAAAUUAGCUGACGUACCGAUACAAUUUUCCGAUCCUAUCUAUGGAACAAACGACCCGAGUUUCACGGACUUCGUCGCCCCAGGAGUUAUUCUUACAAUUGUAUUUUUCUUAGCGGUUGCUUUGACAUCGUCAUCUUUGAUCAUAGAACGGCUCGAAGGUUUACUAGAUAGAAGCUGGGUCGCAGGAGUGUCACCCGGAGAAAUUCUUUUUUCUCAUGUCGUUACACAAUUCGUCGUAAUGUGUGGUCAAACAGCUCUCGUACUUAUAUUUAUGAUUCUUGUAUUUGGUGUCGAGUGUAAUGGCGACAUUGGUUGGGUAAUCAUACUGACUAUUCUUCAAGGUCUUUGUGGCAUGUGUUUCGGAUUUGUAAUAUCAGCUAUAUGUGAACUUGAAAGGAAUGCUAUUCAAUUAGCAUUAGGUAGCUUUUAUCCAACACUUUUACUCAGUGGGGUUAUUUGGCCAGUCGAAGGAAUGCCAACAGUAUUACGAUAUAUAUCGCACGGGUUGCCGCUGACCAUGGCAACGACGUCACUCAGAUCAAUGUUGACAAGAGGAUGGACGAUAUCAGAGCCCGAUGUUUACAAUGGCUUUAUCUCAACAGUAACAUGGAUUGCCAUAUUUUUAACCAUCAGUAUGCUCGUUCUAAAAUUCAAACGCGGUUAGUUCCUCGAAAUUAAAUUUUAAUUAAAUUUUUAGCAUAAAUAUUAUUGUAGACUAGGUAAAUAAAUUCUUUUAUCUAGAAUUUAAAAGUUAAUUUUAUCGAUAGAUAAUUUUAUUCCUAAGAUACUUAAAUUAGGAUUUUAUUGUUAAGUUGUUAUAUCAAAGCAGUAUCCACGACAUCUUUGCUGAUAAUCAUGGUUUUUAUAUAGUAUAAUAAUGUUUAUUUAAAUUAAUUGUCAGUUAUUAAAAACUAAGAAAAUU